AUGCGGAGCAUUGAGCGGGCGUGGGGUCUUCGGGCCUCCGAUCGUCCAAUUCGAAGCGUUUUCGCUCGACACGUACGACUGUCGUGCCCCGCGGCGAGCACUCGACCCGCAGGGCGCCAGAAUCUUUGGAGUUUUGUUGAUGGAUCUCAUCCUUGCCCCUCACCUACUCUGCCUCCUUCUGAUAAGUCUAAUUCUUCUACUCUACCCCAGCCCAAUCCUGCCUAUGCCUCUUGGUUUCAAACUGAUCAAAACCUCAUUAGUAUUCUUCAAGCUAUGAUAUCUGAGAGUGUUCCUCAACAAGUCAUUGGGUUUUCCACCUCGCAUGCCAUUUGGGAUUGUCUCCAACAAAAUUUCUCGCAGCAACCUCUUGCCAAUUCUACUCAGCUGAAAUUUCAAAUCUUCUCUCUCACCAAAGGUUCCAAAUCCAUCUCUGAAUACCUUUCUCAAGCCAAAAGUUUGGCUGAUGAACUUGUUACGAUCUGGGACUGUCUCCAACUUCGACUUGGUUACGUAUGUGCUCUGUGGUCUGCGUAUUGA